UGCAACUUAAUCAGACUUUUUAAUCAAUGUAUUAUGCGUCAUCUCUUCCUCUGCCUCGCUGUCGAGACGCAUUUCGCCUUUUCCUCUCGCUUCGCGUUUGUCCCUCGGUGGGAUCCGUAGGUCGUCCGGGAAAAAAAAAAAGAAGAAGAAAAAAAAAAAAGAAAAAGGCAACGGCCGAGAGCGAGACGGCUGCUGCUGGUGCUGCUGCUGCUGAUGUACCGCUGGCUCAAAAAUGGAGAGCGACACCACUGUCCGAAGAAUAAAAUCCUUCGGGACACAACAUUAUGCUGCUCAAAACAACGACAGACCCCAGGGCCAAUGCGGGGAUAACGGCUACAACGGUGACCCGAAGAGGAAGCCUGAAGUGAGCCUCUACUUGCUGCGGGAAGGGCUGGCGGCUUCCCUGGUCUCUGUGUUUAUUUUGGUGCUAUGGGGACUCGUUCAUUUAUCGUUGCAGCAGCUUGUCAUUGGGAAGCCGACCGGCGAGUUCAAUGCAGUUAGAGCUAGACAGCACUUGGAGAGGAUCACCAGCGUGGGCCCGCGGCCAGUGGGCAGCCAGGAGAACGAGGUCCUGACGGUGGGCUACCUGUUAGAGCAGAUCGAGAACAUCCGACUCCAGACGGCAGCAGGCCCCCAUCAGCUCACUGUGGACGUGCAGCGUCCAACGGGCUCCUUCUCCAUUGACUUUCUCGGAGGCUUCACCAGCUACUAUGAUCACGUCACUAACAUUGCCGUCAGGGUGGAGCCCAAAGGCGGCGCGCAACACCUCAUGCUCGCAAACUGCCACUUUGACACUGUGGCCAACAGCCCAGGUGCCAGUGAUGACGCAGUGAGUUGUGCAGUGAUGUUGGAAGUCCUCCAUUCUCUAGCCAACCAGUCCACUCCUCUUCACCACGGAGUUAUCUUCCUUUUUAAUGGGGCAGAGGAAAACAUACUGCAGGCCAGUCACGGUUUUAUUACGCAGCAUCCCUGGGCCAAACAGGUGCGGGCCUUUAUUAACUUGGAGGCCGCAGGUGUCGGGGGCAAGGAGGUCGUCUUCCAGACAGGUCCAGAGAACCCGUGGCUGGUCCAGGCAUAUGUUCAUGCAGCCAAACACCCCUUUGCAUCUGUGGUCGGCCAGGAGGUCUUUCAGAGUGGCAUCAUCCCAUCUGACACUGACUUCCGCAUAUAUAGGGACUUUGGUAACAUCCCAGGCAUUGAUCUGGCGUUCAUUGAAAACGGUUUCAUCUACCACACCAAAUAUGACACGGCUGACAGGAUCCUGACAGACUCGAUACAGAGAGCCGGUGACAACAUCCUGGGAGUGCUGAAGUACCUGGCAAUGUCAGAGAAGCUGGCCGAUUCCUCGGAGUAUCGUCACGGCAACAUGGUGUUUUUUGACCUGUUGGGGGUCGUUGUAGUGGCUUACCCAGCCCGUGUUGGCACCAUCCUCAACUACAUGGUGGCCACAGCCACCUUCCUCUAUCUGGCCAAGAAAGCUUCCCUGCCCGGCAACAGGGGUGGGCGCUAUGUUCGAGAACUGGCCGGCGCCACCUGCGUAGCGCUGCUGAGCUGGUUAAUCACCCUCCUGUCGGUGCUGAUCGUAGCUCUGCUCGUCACCCUGCUGGGCCGCUCCAUGUUUUGGUACAACCAUUUCUACGCCUGCAUCUGCCUGUACGGAGCCGCGGCCACCGGCAAGAUGAUCCUCGUCCACACGCUGGCCAAGAACUUGUACUACGGGGGAGUCCGUCUGGUGGAGCUGGGGGAUCUCUACUUCGACGUGAGCUUGCUGCUGUGGUGCUGCAGCCUGGUGUGGCUGACCCAUCAGGGCCUGUGUUCGGCCUACGUACCCAUGCUGAUGGUAGCUUUCCCCCUGGCCACCAGACUGCUGCUGGCCAAAGAAUUUAAACACAGAGGAGCAUCUUUGAAGUACAGCGUGCUCUACCUGUUGGGCCUGGCGUUACCAUACGUCCACUUCAUGUUCCUCAUCUGGGUGGUGUUUGAGAUUUUCACACCCAUCAUGGGCCGCAGCGGUACAGAGAUCCCCCCGGAGGUGGUGCUGGCCUCCUUGGUCACCCUGGCAACCAUCUUCCUCUCCUCUUUUUUUCUGCAUUUCAUUUACCUGGUACGGAGCAGUAAGUGGAUCCUGACCGGCCUUGGCUCAGUCUUCAUCAUCAUGUUCCUGUUGGUGUCCUCCGGCCUCUUCUUUCCUUAUUCAGGCAGCCAGGACAGCCCGCGACCAAAGAGAGUCUUCCUGCAGCAUACAACGCGGACCUUCCACAAUCUCCAGGGCCAGGUGGAGAGCCGAGACUCGGGUCUUUGGAUAAACAGCUUUGAUUUCACGGGAAUACAGCACGUCACACCCCACAUCCCCGAGAUCAACGACAGCGUUCGGACUCACUGCCAAGAGGACCGACCCUUCUGCGGUUACCCGUGGUUCCUGCCUGUGAAAUUCCUCAGCAAGAAGAACUGGUACCUCCCUGCUUCAGAAGUGUCUCCGAGUUCUCCGGUGGAGUUCAGCCUGCUGUCCAAAGAGGAGACGAGCUGGGGGACGGUCAAGAUGACGUUCAGUGUGAAAGGCCCCAGCCACAUAUCUCUGUAUCUGAUGCCUCACAAGGGGGCCAGCCUCUCCACCUGGUCCUUCGGUGACGGGACGCCUCAGUUCGACCUGAGCGGAGAAUAUUUUGUCUUCUAUUCCCACGGUCUCAACGCCCCUACGUGGACAUUCUGGUUUGAAAUACAGCCUCCCAGAGACCCGGACCCGUCUGGCCCUGAGGGGAUGAUCUCCGUUGCCAUUUCUGCUCACUAUUUCUUUGGGGAGGACCAGAGGACUGCUCAGCUGGAGGAAAUCCUCCGUAGGUUCCCCACAUGGGCUUUUCCCUCUUCUUGGGUCAGUACCUAUGACAUGUACCGAUACUGAGGACGUCACACAUCGCAGCGACUGACGCAGAGGAAAGCUGAGGGUCACGAGGGCCCUAGAGAAAAGAGAUUUCGAAGGAACAGUACUGAGGACAGGCCCCGACGCCUCUACACUCUGACAGAAAUACGCACAAACACUCACACACCAACUCACGCUCCGUUCCAGCCUGCCUGAGAGACCCCCAUCACUGUGUCAGUAGGCUUAGUAGCUAACCGAGCAGGAAGACGUGCUGGAGGCGAGCCGACCAGCUAGCUCACAGACCCAUGCACCGGCUACCGUGAGGCUCACUCCUGGGUUAGCGAAACGAAGGGGUUACGUUUUUUUCUUUUUCUACUCAAUCUUUCGUGCCUUUGCUUUACUCACUUACUUUCUCAGUCCCUUCCUCGAUCUCCCUCCCUCUCCUCCCUCUGUUCCUCCUCUCAUGCUAACACUCUUCCCGAAUGAUUAGCAUUGAAUGGCUACCUCCCCUGCCCUGCUCUCUACUCAUCUUCAAACCACUCCGGCCACCGUCAGACUCCGUGCGUCUCCGGCUUCCUCUGCAAAAAAAAUAACACCACUACCGCUGUCUGCACUGCGUGUGGUCACGUGAGCCGUUCUGUUUCGACCCCCACCCCGCUCCUCGUCUGAAUUCAACUGGAAACUUGGAAAGUCACUUUUCAUCGACAUGCACUAAUAAUAUUACAUGUGGAUAAUUUAUGCAUCGAUUAAUGAGUUAACUGUGAAAAUGCUUGUUAUCAUUCCUUGCUGUCCUGCAGACACAGAGAACUGCUGAAGGAAACCAGCCGAGUCAAAUCAAAAAUGUCAAGGUGUCCUUAAAGUUCUCCUUAAAUGCGGAGGACAAUGAAGGGAAACGUUGUCAUAUCUUAAAGUUUUUGCCUGAUACCUUCAGGAGAAGUGCGUCACUUUCAUUUCAUUUCAUUCAAUUUAUGUGGAAUCCAGGGCAGUCUUGUGGUGUGAUUUAUUAUUAUUAUUAUUUUUUUUGUUUUUUUUUUUCCGAGUCUUGCAGGUGACUAGGUGGAAAACCAGCAGUGCAGCUCCACAGUCGUUAACUGCAACAGUGUCAAUCACCUUGUUUCACACAGAAGUGAAGCUUAUUUAUAUUUGCUACUACUGUAACAACAAUUGUGCUUUUUGUUAAAAAACAAACAGUGCUCCGAGCCGUCUCCAGCAGCACCAGUGAAUGUCUUUUGCUUAAUAAAGAAAAUACUGUCGUAAUGAUUAGUAAGUGAAUCAAAGGAAAACUAAUCUGUCGCUAUGUGGAUGAGUGGUUCAUUUAAUCAUAUCUCAAGCUGCUGCUGCCUCCAACUUUUCAGACGUUUCUGCUCCUGUUUGUCACAUACGAGUUCAGUUUUGGACUGAAACGACCUCUGAAAACGGAUUUAAUUCUGGAUUGUGCGUUUCUUAUCAGCACAUCAUUUACACUAAAUGAAGAUGUUUUUCUUUUCUUUUUUUUAAGGAUUUUGAAGGAUUGUGAAGCUGUGUUGAAAAAAGCAGACUGGGAGCAGCAUUAAAGUCUGACUUUAAAAUAUCAUUAAAAAAUAAAUGUCAACUCCUUUUUUAGAUACUAUGGUAUAGGUGACGUACUACAUAGUAUAUAAAAAACAUAUCAUGGUGUAAUGAGUAUUUUAAUAAGUAAACGGUAAUAGGGAUAGGGAAGAGUUAGCAUGACAUAGCAUAGCUAGCAUCUACGUAGCUGCACUACACAGAGCUAACUUAGCAGCUAAUUUGUGUUACUAGAAACUGUAAAACUAGACGCUGGUGCUGCUGGAGACAACCUUUAGUGUAACCCGUGUCCAAUUUCACGUGGAGCUGCGUCUUUUCGUCUUAAAAAAAAAAAAAACAAGUGUCGUGACCACGACCCAGUCACCGUGACGAGUUUUACACGCUUCACAUUGUUAGCGCGCUGUUACGGCCGGCGCCGCCGCUACCUCCACACGAAUCAAACCUUAAGUUACUAAAGCUCUUGGAUUGAAUGUUAUCGUUGGAAAGGGAGAUUAGGUCCGUGGGCUUCCUCUGGUUUCAGGGGCUUUUUAUUAUACGAAGCCGUCUGUGUCCGUACUGUUUUAGAUGAGUUGCAUAUGAUUAAGUCCAGGAUGACUGGGCCCUCGCCCCCCACCUGCUCAUGAGGCAGGUAGUUGCCUGCUGGCUAGUUUGUUCGCCGCCCUUUUACGUUAUCAAAGUUUGAAUUGGGUUGUUAAACAUUGGGAGAUGAACUGAGCUUCUUUGUGUUGCGCCAAGUGCGGUGUGAUCCGCGUUUGUGUGACGCGAACACGAAGGGAGGCCUUAAAAGUUUUUCGCUUCCAAAGACAAAAUGUUUACCGUAGUGGACGUCUCGGUGGUCUUAAAAACUCUCAAGUGCCACGUCGUGCAGCAUUUCUAUGUGUAUUUUGUCCUGGAAGGUUUAAAGCUAAAACAGCUCAGCCUUCGAACAGGUGUGCUCUUUAUUCUUUAUGCACUGGAUGAGGAGGAGGGGAGAAAAAAAGUAAAAGUCACAGAUGAUUUAAAGAGGAUGUAAAGUCCACUCGGUAGCUGCAGUAUUUUGGAGCUUUUAAUCAUGUUGCACGGUCUUCCUCAGCAGACGGACUUUGCUCGGUUGUUGCAGAGGCUCAGCAGACGAGAUUAAAAGCACAAAGUUCAUUCCUUUGUUUCCGUGGACGAGAAUGAACUUUCAGUCUCAUCUGUGAAGGAGGAAGGAGGUGUGAUGUAGUCGAAGGCUCCCAGUGGACCGACAGAUGAUUUUCCCGCCUAUUUGAAAUACCAAGACCAUAUCUGCUGUAAUGAAUUUCGAUGGUUUGACGUAAAAGCUAAAGUUCAGUGAAACAGGUGGUCAGCAGCGCAACGAUUCAACAUAUUUCUGUUCUUUUCACAUGUAUUGUGAAGAAUUACUUUAAAACAAAACGUCUAUGAAUUGGUCGAAGGACGAUCCAAUUGCAUGAAGACGACUUUUUUUUUUUUUUUAAUUUUCUGUAUUGGUUGAAACAUGCCCUAUAACGAAAUCCGAACGGCGUGGUACCAGACUCUGAUAAGACUUUGGGCUCGGGAUGUAAUGUGGAUUACCAAAGCAUAUGUCAGGUGUUUGAUUUGCACGCCAUGUGGAUGCCUGCUGGAAAAAUAAAAUAAAAGAAAUAAAUGUAAAAUAGUUGGCGUAAAAGUUUUAAAACUUCCCUGAUGCUGCUGCUGCAAAAAACAAACAAAAAAAAUGCUUCUCCACACCUGCUAGUAACAUAUCACAACAUUAAUAGAAGCACUAACAGCUGAUCGGGCCUUUCUGCAGCUGGCCAGGUGCAUUCUGGGUACUCCAUCAUCAGGUCACGGUUAAUCCUAACAGGGUCGUUGUGUUUUGUUUUCCUCCUGUGAACAGAUUAAACUGUGAUCAGAGGUAAGCAUCUCAUCUUUUAUGCUUUUGAUUUAACGUCUAAUGUUGAGGAGCACCUGAAAAUAAAGUGAAACAUUUGGCCGUGCAGUGCAGUAGAGAGUGUCUAAUAGAGAAAAGAAAAAAACAUAAUUAACUAAUGUAAAGUAAUAUUUUCUAGAGUUUAGAAACAGGAGAAAGGCAGAGAAAGAAGGUUCUUGUUUUUCUUAUUUGUUUUUUCAUUGUUUUAUUGAUGAAAACUGAAAAGCACAGGAGGAACUGCUGUAAACGUGGGACGACGUGGGAGAAGCAGGGGGAGAACAGUAUUCGACAGGAACGCUGUGAAAAGGCUCAUCCUCCACCCUCGGUGCUCCCGCUGUCAGGCUAAAUCUGCACCGAGUGCUGCUAGAGAGCUUCAAACACAAACUAGUCAGUAGAGCAAAGUUGAGUUUAAACGUGGCAGAAUCUAACGUGCUAAUGUGAACUCGGUGCAGCGGCCGGACGACUUUAUGUAGGAUACACGUCUUAAUGUCGAAGGGUGUCCUUCUAUUUUCAUUUUAUACAUAUAUAUAUAUAUAUUUUUUAAAACCGUGUUUCUUUCUCUUAACUGUUCAGUUUCUGUUCUGAAAGUUAAAUGAAGAGGUUUUUAAACUUUAAACUGAUCAUUUUCUUCUUUUUCUUCGUGAUCAAAAGUUUGUCCUUUGAAAUUAUAUUUAGAUUUGUUUUUUUUUUAAUUUUUACUUGUCAGCUGGACUCGUUGUGAUUGGGAUUAUUGGGGUUGAUCUGGUCAACAGGGUAUCCGCCUGUCAAAUGAAUGGGAUGAUUUUACAUUAUGCAAAAAGCUUGAAUUAAUUUAGCACUUGUACAGCGAUUAAAAAAUGCUUCUUACUACAA